AUGGCUCCCGGCGUCUUAUUACAACCGUCCCAGGAGGACCUUGAGACAGCAGCUCCGGCGAAACCUGCGGCUUCGUUAUCGCAGCUGACUGAAGACUGGGACGAUACGAUCCGCUUUUAUCUCAAUGGCACAAAGGUGGUCUUGGACUCCUUCGACCCCGAAAUCACAUUACUGGAGUACCUAAGGGGUAUCGGCUUGACGGGAACGAAACUGGGAUGUGCGGAGGGAGGAUGCGGUGCUUGCACGGUUGUUGUUUCCCAAAUCAAUCCUACAACCAAGAAGCUCUAUCAUGCCUCCAUAAAUGCAUGCAUUGCGCCGCUGGUCGCUAUUGACGGAAAACACGUUAUCACUGUGGAGGGUAUCGGGAAUGUGAAGAAUCCUCAUGCAGUCCAGCAGCGGCUGGCAAUCGGAAACGGAAGUCAGUGUGGGUUUUGCACUCCGGGUAUCGUUAUGAGCCUUUAUGCUCUCAUACGGAACGAUCCCCAACCCUCGGAGCACGCGGUGGAAGAGGCUUUUGAUGGGAAUCUAUGUCGUUGUACCGGCUACCGCCCCAUUCUCGACGCCGCCCAGAGCUUUAGCAAUCCAUCUGGUUGUGGAAAAGCGCGAGCAAAUGGCGGUACGGGAUGCUGUAUGGAAAAGCAGGACGGCACAAAUAGUUGCUGCAAGGGAUCUUCGCUGGAUGCCGCCGAAGAGGUCACGCACAAAUUCGCGUCUCCCGAUUUCAUUGAAUACAAACCAGACACAGACCUAAUUUUCCCUCCGGCGCUUUGGAAGCACGACCUACGGCCUCUAGCCUUCGGUAGCAAGAGAAAGAAGUGGUACCGGCCGGUUACAGUACAGCAGCUCCUGGAGAUCAAGAGCGUCCACCCAGAUGCCAAGUUAAUUGGUGGGAGCACCGAGACACAAAUCGAAAUCAAGUUCAAGCAAAUGCGUUACGGCGCGUCCGUUUAUCUGGGAGAUCUCGCUGAACUCCGGCAAUUUACCUUCCAUGACAAGUACCUCGAAAUUGGUGCUAACAUCUCGUUGACCGAUCUGGAAUCGGUCUGCGAUCAAGCCGUCGAACGUUAUGGCCCAACACGCGGCCAACCCUUUGUUGCUAUCAAGAAGCAGCUUCGCUACUUUGCUGGAAGGCAAAUCAGGAAUGUAGCCUCGCCAGCUGGAAACCUGGCUACUGCAUCUCCCAUUUCCGAUCUCAAUCCUGUCUUUGUGGCCACGAACACGACUUUAGUUGCCAGAUCUUUAGAGAAAGAAACUGAGAUUCCAAUGACCCAGUUCUUCAAAGGUUACCGAUCCACGGCCCUGCCGCCAGAUGCCAUUAUCUCGAGCCUGCGGAUCCCAACUGCCUCGGAGAAAGGAGAGUACUUGCGCGCUUACAAACAGUCCAAGAGGAAAGACGAUGAUAUCGCUAUCGUGAACGCUGCUUUGCGGGUUUCGCUCUCGCCGUCGAACGACGUUACAAGCGUAAAUCUAGUUUUCGGCGGCAUGGCGCCUUUGACGGUAUCUGCGCGGAACGCGGAAGCCUUCCUGGCUGGAAAGAGGUUUACUGAUCCGGGAACUCUUGAAGGUGCCAUGGGUGCUUUGGAGCAAGAUUUCAAUCUUAAGUAUAGUGUUCCGGGUGGUAUGGCGACUUACCGAAAGUCCCUUGCCCUUGGCUUCUUCUACCGGUUCUACCACGACGUAUUAUCACAGCUCGAGGCCAGGAAAAGUGGCGUGGAUGACAGCGUUGUGGCCGAGAUUGAGCGAGCAAUAUCAACCGGCGAAAAAGACCACGAGGCUUCAGCAGCUUACAUGCAGAGGGUCCUGGGUCGGGCUGGACCGCACGUCUCGGCGCUGAAACAGGCUACUGGAGAAGCUCAGUACACCGACGACAUUCCUGUGCAAAGAAACGAGCUGUACGGGUGUAUGGUUUUGUCAACGAAAGCCCAUGCUAAACUACUCAGUGUCAACGCAGAAGCCGCCCUGGAAAUCUCUGGGGUGGUUGAUUAUGUAGAUCAUACCGAUCUUCCAUCACCGAAAGCGAAUUGGUGGGGCGCCCCGAACUGCGAUGAGGUCUUCUUCGCAGUUGACGAGGUCACGACUGCUGGGCAGCCGAUUGGCAUGAUCCUUGCAAACACAGCCAAGGCUGCUGAAGAGGGCGCGAGGGCUGUUAAAAUUGAAUACGAAGAGUUGCCUGUGAUUCUCAGCAUUGAAGAGGCAAUUGAAGCAGAAUCUUUCUUCGAGCAUUUCCGUUAUAUCAAAAAUGGAGAUCCUGAGAGCGCCUUCAAGGAUUGCGACCAUGUCUUUGAAGGUGUAUCACGGAUGGGAGGACAGGAGCACUUUUAUCUAGAAACACAGGCUUGCGUGGCGAUUCCCAAGCCUGAAGACGGCGAGAUGGAGAUCUGGAGCGGUACCCAGAACCCGACAGAGACACAAUCAUAUGUGGCACAAGUUACCGGCGUGGCUGCCAACAAGGUUGUUUCAAGAGUCAAGCGUCUUGGUGGAGGCUUCGGUGGUAAGGAGACGCGAUCUGUCCAGCUUGCAGGCAUAUGCGCCACGGCUGCAGCAAAAGUCAGGCGGCCAGUUCGAUGCAUGCUCAACCGUGAUGAGGACAUUGCAACGUCUGGACAGCGUCACCCAUUCUAUUGCAAAUGGAAGGUUGGCGUAAGCAAGGAUGGCAAGCUCCUUGCACUCGACGCAGACGUCUUCGCAAAUGGCGGGCAUACGCAAGAUCUUUCCGGGGCUGUUGUUGAGCGAAGUCUGUCACACAUUGACAACGUAUAUCGAAUCCCGAACAUGUAUGUCCGCGGCCGGGUCUGCAAGACAAACACAGUCUCGAAUACGGCAUUCCGCGGCUUCGGCGGCCCGCAAGGCCUUUUCUUUGCCGAAUCAAUCAUUUCAGAAGUCGCAGACCACCUCGACCUCCAGGUCGAGCAGCUCCGAAUCCUCAACAUGUACGAAUCUGGCGACAAGACGCAUUUCAACCAAGAACUCAAGGACUGGCACGUCCCAUUGAUGUACGACCAGGUCCUAGAAGAAAGCGAAUACCUCGAGCGCCGCAAGGCCGUAGAAGAGUAUAAUCGAACUCACAAAUGGUCCAAGCGUGGCAUGGCCAUCGUCCCCACGAAAUUCGGCAUCUCCUUCACAGCCCUCUUCCUCAACCAAGCCGGUGCCCUCGUCCACAUCUACCACGAUGGUAGCGUCCUCGUCGCCCACGGUGGCGUGGAGAUGGGUCAAGGCCUCCACACAAAGAUGACCAUGAUCGCCGCGGAAGCCCUCGGCGUCCCCCAAUCCGACGUCUUCAUCUCCGAAACAGCCACCAACACCGUCGCAAACACCUCCUCCACCGCCGCUUCUGCCAGCUCAGACCUCAACGGCUACGCCAUCUACAACGCCUGCACGCAGAUUAACGAACGCCUCAAGCCCUACCGUGAGAAAAUGCCCAAUGCCUCCAUGAAAGACCUCGCCCACGCCGCUUACUUCGACCGCGUCAACCUUUCCGCCCAGGGCUACUACCGCACCCCAGAUAUCGGGUACACGUGGGGCGAAAACAAAGGUCAAAUGUUCUUCUACUUCACCCAGGGCGUCACAGCCGCUGAAGUCGAAAUCGACACACUAACAGGCGACUGGACGCCCCUCCGCGCGGACAUCAAAAUGGACGUCGGCCGCACAAUCAACCCAUCCAUCGACUACGGGCAGAUCGAAGGCGCCUACGUCCAGGGCCAAGGUCUCUUCACGACCGAAGAGUCCCUCUGGCACCGCGGCUCCGGCCAGAUCUUCACCAAGGGCCCCGGGAACUACAAGAUCCCGGGCUUCCGCGACAUCCCACAGGUCUUCAACGUUAGUCUCCUUAAGGACGUGGAGUGGGAGAACCUGCGUACCAUCCAGCGCAGUCGGGGUGUCGGCGAGCCACCGCUUUUCAUGGGCAGUGCGGCGUUCUUCGCCAUUCGGGAUGCGCUCAAGGCUGCGAGGAAGGAGUGGGGUGUGACCGAUGUGUUGAGCCUUGUUAGUCCGGCCACGCCCGAGAGGAUCCGGGUUAGUUGUGCGGAUCCGAUCAUCGAGCGGGUUAGGGUGAAGCCUGAGGAGGGGGAGAAAAGCUUCUUCGUGGCGAUUUAG